AAUGUGCUCCCAUGGAACCCAUUUAUCUUGCCCUAUCUCAAAAAGGCAGGGUUGGAGUCGAUUAGGCAUCUUCUAGGCAUAAAAGUCGAUCGCCAACUCAUUACCGCAUUGGUUGAGAGAUGGAGAAAGGAGACACAUUGUUUCAACUUUCGCGAAGGAGAGUGCACCAUCACACUCAAGGACGUCGCCAUCCUAACUCAUCUGCCUAUCGAUGGCAAAGCGGUGUGUGUGAGUGAUCCCCCCCCCCCCCCCCAGGAUUGUGACGGUAUAUGA